AUGUCUGAAGGUAUUACUGAAGUUGAAGAAUCUCAAAUUGAAACUAACUACGACAAGGUCGUCUACAAGUUCGAUGACAUGAACCUAGAAUCCUCCCUAUUGAGAGGUGUCUACGGUUACGGUUUUGAAGAACCAUCUGCCAUUCAACAACGUGCUAUUGUUCCAAUCAUUGAAGGUCACGAUGUUCUUGCUCAAGCUCAAUCUGGUACUGGUAAGACUGGUACUUUCUCCAUUGCUGCUUUGCAAAGAAUUGACCCAACCGUCAAGCACCCACAAGCUUUGAUGUUGGCUCCAACCAGAGAAUUGGCCCUACAAAUCCAAAAGGUUGUUAUGGCUCUUUCUUUCCACAUGGAUGUCAAGGUCCACGCCUGUAUUGGUGGUACUUCUUUCGUUGAAGAUGCUGAAGGUCUAAAGGACGCUCAAAUCGUCGUCGGUACUCCAGGUAGAGUUUUCGACAACAUCCAAAGACGUAGAUUCAGAACUGACCACAUUAAGAUGUUCAUUCUUGAUGAAGCCGAUGAAAUGUUGUCCUCUGGUUUCAAGGAACAAAUUUACCAAAUUUUCACUCUACUACCACCAACUACUCAAGUUGUCCUAUUAUCUGCUACCAUGCCAAAGGAUGUUCUAGAAGUUACCACCAAGUUCAUGAGAAACCCAAUCAGAAUUUUGGUUAAGAAGGAUGAAUUGACUCUAGAAGGUAUUAAGCAAUUCUACGUCAACGUCGAAGAAGAACAAUACAAGUACGACUGUCUAACUGAUUUGUACGACUCCAUCUCUGUUACUCAAGCUGUUAUCUUCUGUAACACCAGACGUAAGGUCGAAGAAUUAACUCAAAAGUUGACUGCUGACAACUUCACUGUUUCUGCUAUCUACUCUGACUUACCACAACAAGAAAGAGACACCAUUAUGAAGGAAUUCAGAUCUGGUUCCUCCAGAAUUUUGAUCUCUACCGAUUUAUUGGCUAGAGGUAUCGAUGUUCAACAAGUUUCUCUAGUUAUCAACUACGAUCUACCAACUAACAAGGAAAACUAUAUUCACAGAAUUGGUAGAGGUGGUCGUUUCGGUAGAAAGGGUGUUGCUAUCAACUUUGUUGUCAACGACGAUGUUGGUGCUAUGAGAGAAAUUGAAAAGUUCUACUCUACCCAAAUUCAAGAACUACCAGGUGACAUUGGUACCCUAUUCGCUUAA